AUGACUUCUCUCGCCUUGGGGCAUCUGCCCUCGCUGUGGCGGCAGCACUUGCUGUCGGAAUUCGCCGGAUUGAAGCAAGCCUGCCCUGAAGGCGUGUUUGUCAGUCUGACUCCUGGAGAGCCGUCACUGUGGUCAGCAGUGCUUUUCGUCCGCCAUGGCCCCUAUGCUCCGGCUGUUCUUCGAUUCCAAAUUAUGUUCCCCGACGCAUACCCUCGAGCUCCACCUCUGGUCACCUUCUCAACGGACAUCUUCCACCCUCUCAUCACUCCCUUGACGACGCACAUGUACGCUGCAAGCGUGGAAAGCGAUAAGAGCACUACAGAGAGACCAAAGCUGCCCCCUGGCGGCUUUAGCCUGGAGCAUGGCUUUCCAGAGUGGUUUGGCGGCCCUCAACGAUCAGAGGCUGGGAGUCGAAGGAGUAAGUCGCCUUCAGCAGUGUCAACAAAAUCGUCAAAGCGCAAAAGUAUGAAGCCGCCGCCGGUUCCCGAAAAGGACAACUUGCCGCGGUAUAUGCAAACAGAUCGAAGGACGAUAUCGACCUACUCCCUAUUAAAGUACAUUCGAAGCACGUUUGAUAAAGCAGAAGUUCUCGAUGCGGUGCCUCUUUCUGCUGCUGGGAACCCAGGAGCUUGGCAUGCGUGGCGUACGCAUAGGCGUAAGCAAGAGAAGGUUGAUGAGAAGAAGACUUAUAGACUGAGUCGACUCAGCAUCUUGAGCGGUGAUACAACUAGAGACUUUGGUAGCGAGCGAGGAGAUGGUGCGGCCGAGUCUGAUGCCAAGAGCAUAACGUCGUCUCAGGCCACGAGGGAGCCUGGGGAAUGGAAUUGGGACGGUGUUUGGGAGGACAGAGUGAAGAAGGGAGUAGCGUCUACUUUGACCGAGUCGGUACUGUAUGGCGCCUCGGGAAUAUCCGACGAUAUGAUCCAUUUCCUAGCACUCGAAGAAGGAACUAUUGAGGCUGUCAAGGGCAAUCUGCGCCGGACUCUGGAUGCCUCAGCAUGA